AUGAGUCAGCAUCAGUAUCUGCCUACCGGUAAGCUAAACUCUGUUGGGGUGAGGCAACUAGCUCCUUAUCCUCCAAGUAUUCAUCUGAGGCUUCCUUGUGGCAGGCACUAUCUUUGGAGGCGCCAGCGAUGUAGGCAGCUCGAAAGGGAGUCUAAUAUCUUGCAGUUUAGAAGGACUUGGUGGGUAAAACCUAUGGUGCUUGCGCUCCUUUAUAUCUCUUGGGGGGUGAGAUUGUGUAGAGACUUCCAUGGAUUAUGAGAUCUAUAUAUAAUUGAUAUAAUCUCGGAGUAUAUGCAGAGCUCCACUAGAAGACAUCUUAGUCCCCAGACUCCUCUUUUUGACAAACUGAGUAAUUUAUCCUCUCUACCAAAACCAUGGGGUUGUAGAACAUCUGCCAUAUCUAAUCAAGUGUGGGGAAAGGAAUGCCAAACCACCCAAACUAUCAAUGGUCUAGUGGUAUGGUAGUCAACAAAUUUCCAAAGGGUGUCACAAAAGUAAAACAAUGGGUCUUUGGGAAAUACACUUUGAGAAAAUUGUACAUUUUAAAGGCUAUAAACCCCGGCAUAAAUGAAAUGAAACUGAAGUUUUGUAAGAGAGCAGUGUGGGAGCACUUGUAGAAGUGAAGCAUGAGAUGAGCUGAAUCCAAAAUAUUGGUGGUAGAGCAGUUAGUUAAAGUUUGUGUUAGACUGAGAAGAAACUAGCACAAUGUAAAAAAAGGACAGUGCAAGGUAUAAUUAUCUGGAUAUUAAGUAAGGACAAGGAAAGGCAGCCAAUUAAAAGAUGGACUGAAUUAUAACAAUACUAAAAAUGGAAUACAACUGCAGCAAAAAUAAAGAACAUUAAAGCAUUUAACAACAUUUUCCUAGUUGAUCAACAGAUUUUUUAUGAAAAUAAAAAAUAACUAGGGUGGGCAUGUAUCAUCUUUUUGUAAUCUGUUAAAAAAAACAACAAGAUGAUCACAACAAGCUGGUCUGGGGUAAUAACAGUGUCAGAUAAACUGACAUUAUUAAAGCUAAGUCUAGGGUUUGACCGGAACUUCCAUUCCAUUUAAAGACCAUUUUUAUACCUGUGCUGCACAAGUUCAUAUUAAUUCCCCAAAGAGAGCUAUACUGGAAAGAUUCCUUUUCUAAUUAUCAAUGUACAAAUGUUUUUCCUUCUGCAUAGAAAUACUUUCUCAGAACUGUUUAUGACUAUUCUAUCACCAUAUAACUAUAUCUUCCUCUGUUUUAAUAUGCCCAUCUAUAUCAUUCUACUGUGUUUUUACUGCUCAGUUCUUUUACAUUAUGUGUUUCUGGUAUGUUUGCUGACUUGUUAAGUGUUUUUCUAAAAAUAAAUAAAGAAUGAAUUGCGUUUGGUAAGAAUUAAAUUUUUCUCAAUGUACCUGUCAACGCAAUAGCAUAAAUAAAAGUAAAAUAAUAAAUAUGCAUCUGUAUUAUUCCACUUUGUUCUUGCUGUUAAUAAUAAAGACUAGUAUUAAUUGUGUCAUGUAAUAAUUAAAAUCAUUUAAACUAAUUUAAAAUGAAACAUGUUAACAUCUAUAAAGCAAAUUUGAACCUCAUUAUACGAGACACACAUCAUGUUUAUAUGCAUAGUUAAUGUCAGGCAAAACAUAUUAACCCUUCCACUACCAAAAAAAAUGUACAAAUGUUUGUGAAAGAUGUGCCACUGUAUCCCAACAUGGUAUAAAUACAAAUGGCACCUGUAGCGGUGCUCCAACACCUAGCUUAGCUAUCUCUGCUAUUCCUUCCUCGAAGCUGAAAGAAGCAGUAUAAUAAUCCAAGACACUUUCCCACCAGCAACUAGACGAAACAUAGUUCUGGGAGUUCUAGGCAGGACAAAACUCAAGCGCCCCCUUCAUCCCCUAGCCACCCCACCCUUCCCCCCUGCCCCGCCUUCUAAAUACACACACAUUCACUGACAGAUACGGAUACAUUAGCUAACAGACAUACACACACACUGACACACACACUCACACUAACAGACAUACACUCACUCACUAACAGACACACACACUAACAGACCAACACACACACACUAACAGACACACACUCACUCACUAAUUAGUGUACAGACACACACUCACACACUGAGAUUGUGGAUUUGGGGUUUUCAUGAGCUGUAAGCCAUAAUCAUCGCACUUAUGACAAAUCACGGCUUGAACUAUCUUGCUUUGCAUGUCAUGCGUCUAUCUCAUAUAUUAGUUUCCCCUUUUACGUUGCAUUACUGAAAUAAAUGAACUUUUGCACGAUAUUCUAAUUUUUCGAGUAUCACCUGUAUAUGGGGGAAUUAUAGGCUAUGCAAGACAAUUUCAGAAUGCCUCAUAUGAAAAGGUCUGUACAUGUGUUUUAUUAUUCUUCAUGUUCUUAUUCUGUAUUGAUUUUUUUCCUGUUUUUAAAUAAGAAUCAAUGAGUGCUGCAUUAACAUAAGGGCUAAUGAAGAAUGAAUCAGAAUCCUAAUUUGCAUUUUUUGUUUUUAACUUUUUAUAUUUUUCCAGAAUCCAGUUGAAUACAAGAGUGGUAACCACAAAAAAACAAAAACAAAAAAAAAACAAAUAAAGACAAUUGAUAAAAAAAAACGUUGUCACAGUCUUCUACCACCUUCUAGUGCCUUCUAGUGCAGGGCACAUGGCACUAGAAGGUGGUAGAAGACUGUGACCACCUUUGGCUGCCCCAAGGCCAGUUUCCUCAAUGUGCCCAAUAUAUAUAUAUAUAUAUAUAUAUAUAUAUAUAUAUAUAUAUAGAUAGAUAGAUAGAGAGAGAGAGAGAGAGCUUUGCGUAUGUGAUUGGAUGGAUGAAUGUAAGUAGUUUGGCCUAUGACUGUAUGGUUUAUAUGACUAGUUACAUGGUUGGAUGGCAAUAAGUGGAAGGUGGGUGGGGGUGUGUUAUGUGGCUAAGUGUAUGAAUGUGACAGGGUGAGCGGGUAUGACUGGAAGGUGAGAUGGACUAUCUGACUGGGUGGAGAGAGGAAUAUUGUAAUUGGUUGGGUGGCUGAAUGGCAAUGUGUAUGAAGGAGCUUAUUUGUGUGGAAUAUGUGUGCAUAUGAAUGACAGGUGUAUUUAUGUAGAGUACUAGUGUGUGAACAUAGAGGUGUGGUUUAAUAGAGUGCCAGUGUGUGCAUGCAGGAGCAUAUUUGUGAUCAGUGAUCUUAUUUAAAACUUUGUCCUCCAAAUUAACAUCUGUACACUAAUAAAUUGCCCCACAACAAGUCAUGCAUUAUUGCAUGGUCUACUUUGAACAAAUAAAGAGCUUCUUCAGAAUAUACUGAGACAAUCAAAAAGUAAACAUUUCUACCUCAAAGAAGUCAGCAAUACAUGAACUUGCCCCCCCCCCCCCAUCCUUCACUUUAUCCCACUUCUCCGUUAUCUGGCGUAUCAAUCAUUGUAAUCUAUUGUCCCAGUAGCAUGUCCCUGAAGUCUACUGUGUCCAUGAACAAAGUCCACUGGGUCCAGACUGCCAGGUCCCUUGUGUGUAACCCUCAGCACCAAACACCAACUUCUCAAUAGAGAGUAAUUAUUCAAUUCGCUAGUACCAUAGACUAAGGGGUGGGUGCACUUUUUUCAGGUAAGAGGUAUAAGGCUUUAAGCCACAUUUAUUAUGCAUAUAGUCAUUGAUUUUUUUUAUAUAACAGUUCACGGGUAGUUGUGUGGUGUAGUAGUAUAGGCAUCUGUCCCUAAUUAUCUCUCAUGCCUUCUAUUCAUUUAUCUCCCCUUCACAUGUGUUCCUCUCCCCAUCCCCCAUUUAUGCCCCGCUCCCCAUAACUUUCCCUUUCUCCAAUUGUUUCCCUCUUCUCAUUACUCAUUACUUCACUUGUUACCUUCUUCUUUUUCCAUCCUUCUCUUGUUACCCCUUCCUUCCCCCAUUUCUCACUUGUUCCCCUCUUUAUCCCCAUCCCUUAUUUGCUGCAUAGGGUGCCAGGCGAAAAAGGGAAAGAGCUAUUCUCCUUCUUGCCUGAACAUUCCCACUGUACAACCUCUCCUGAAUGCUGCCCAAGGCCAUGGCUUUGGUCGCCUAAUGCGAAAUCCGUCCCUUUGCAUGUGUCAAAUAAAUCACGAGAUGAGUUGGCAGGGAACCUGUAGGUGGGUUCUCCUGCUCACCUUGUAACUCAGUUCUAGACGUAGAUUUCUAUGUUGAGAAUUCAUUGACUGAAAUGGGACAGAUUAUAUAUAUAUAUAUAUAUUGAAUGGGGCCCUUCAGUGAGUCUAAUGAAAAUGAGGGAGUUUAUUGAAGUUGAGUGAGACUAUUGAAAACUAAUUAUUGGCUAAAAUAAUGGAGUUAGAGCACCCAUAUCAAGUAGGGCAAGGUAGCCAUUUCAAGUGCCUUUUCAAGGUCUAGGCUAAUAAGGGAAGGAUGAGCCGACUUUAACUCUUCCUAACCUGCCCUUGCCAUAGCCGCCUGUGCAAUCCUGACCCCCAGCACAGCAUAUCAGCUCUGAGCAAAAUCCAGUUAAUAUGAGUAGACACAAUGUCUGGAAGAAAGGACUGAAGUCCGUUGGCUAUAAUUUUGGUAAGUUUGAUGUCUAAGUUAAGGAGGAUGAAGGGUCCCUAUCCGGCUUAGGAAGGGGGACUGUGCGGACUUGAUUCAAGGUGUCUAUUGGGAGACCUUCCAGAUAAGGAGUUGUGAGAAUAGGACAAAUAUGUUUUUUCAAUAGUUUAUAAUAUUUAGCCGUAACAGAUAGCAGAGUUUGAAUCCGGUACUUGGGUUGGCUAUAUGGUCAAGCAAUUUCCCUGAUGUUCCGCCUCACAGAAAGAAGUGUUGCAUUUGAAAGUUGAGUUUGGAUUGUGAAUGGUUAGCAAUAAAUGUGGGUAGCAUAUGCUUCAAUCUAGGUAAUAUUGCCAGAAUGGGGCCUGAGAGAUAUGGUGUGUUCAAGUGUUUGAGGUCAUGAUAUAGGACAUGAAAAUCUUGAAGCCAUUUUUUUAUUUUGGUAGAGGCAGUUUAAGAGAUUGAGUCCCUGCAUGACCAUCUUGGACAUCACCCAGAGCAACUUGGGGUCAGAAGCAUUUUCUAUUUCAUUAUCAAUAAAGUUUGAAAAGACUGUUGAUUAGAUAAGUGUGCUGGGAAAUGCCAAUGUCUUGUGAACUGGGGGGAGGGCAAAGCUGCUACUGUUAGAGUAAUUAGGUUGUGAUCUGAAAUACGAAAAAGUUCAAUCAUGGUUGUGGCAAGAUAGGACAGGAUGGUCAGUUGUCAGGGAUAUGUCCAGUCUGGAAAGAGAAUCAUAUACUGCAGAAUAGAAGGUGCAAUCCCCUUCCCUGCCAUGCAAAAUUCUCCAAGGUUCUUGAAGGUUAUGGGAGGCGGCAAAGUGAAAGAGUUGGUGGUCAUUGUCAGGAGUAGUGGUGGGACCUCUCAGGGAUCUGUCAUUAGAAGGGUCGAGGACAGCCUUAAAGUCAACUCCAGAAAUGUGCAGGUUUUAGCUCUAUUUGAGACAAUAACAAGAAGAGCUUUGCAUAAUAUGGAGCAGCCGUAGAAUGCAAUAACAGACAUCAUCAAUAGUUAGACAAUAGGAUGUACUGGCCUUCUUGGUCGAUCUCACAGCUAUGUAGCACGUGGUGCAGAGCAGUAUAAAAAUAAAUCGUCACUCCCUAAGCUGUCUGAAGUGAAAAAUUCCUGUGAAAAAAAGCUGGGCAAAUAAUGAAACACCCUCAGCAACAUGAGGGUUUAUUAUGUAGUGGCUGGUCACCGCUUGCUAGCCAGCUGCCACAUGAAAAUAGUAAAAAUAAAUAAAUAAAUACAAAUCAAUAGGACUUUCAUAUUGCUAUAAUGGCACCAUAACCACUACAAUAUGAUGUAGUGGUUUUGGUCCUUGAAGUGUUCUUUCACUGUAAAGAACUGCUCUGCUUACAUAGUGCUCAAGCUCUAAGAUAUACAGACAUACAGUUCAACCUUUCUUUUUCUGUUGUCAUCUGUGCUGUAAAUGAAUCAUUUAUAUAUUUCAUUUUAGUUUCUGUUUCUCUUUAUAUUCCCAGGUUCAAUGCUCGCAGUUUGCGUUGGGCCCGAGCCAUGAUAUUUGCAAUUAAUGAAAUAAAUCAACGCAUUGACAUUCUUCCAAGAAUAACGCUAGGAUAUCAGAUUUUUGAUACAUGUUUCACUAUUUCAAAAUCAGUCGAAGGCACACUGUCAUUUCUUACAGGACAAAAUGAAACCCAUCCGAAUUUCCGCUGUAGCGCUGGAGCUCCUCUUGCAGCUGUUAUUGGAGCUGGGGGAUCAGCUUUAUCUAUAGCAACCGCUAGAAUCCUUGGACUUUACUAUUUUCCUCAGGUAAAAGUUUGUUUUAAAAUCUUGAAAACUAAAGUAAGGAACCAAUAAAAAGGAGUGAAGCCAAUUUUAUAGAAACAAGACAUCUUAGCCAAUGAACUCUAUGCAUCUUCCACCAAAGUAUGUCUGAUUUGGCCUAGAUUAUUAAGUAACUAUGUAACCAUGUCAUUGUGUUUGUUGUUACUUCUUAGGUGGGCUACGCUUCUUCCUGUUCUGUCCUCAGUGACAAGUUCCAGUUCCCGUCCUUUACUCGCACAAUACCCAGCGACAUAUACCAGUCCAAAGGCAUUGCUGAACUUGUCACAUAUUUUGGGUGGACCUGGGUGGGAACAAUCGCUGCAGAUGAUGAUUAUGGGAAGUACGGCAUAAAGCUAUUCAAAGAAGAAGUAGAAAAAAAUGGCGUUUGCAUAUCUUUUUCAGAGACACUCCCAAGAAUAUAUAACAAAGAAGCAAUAGAUAAGAUUGUGGGCGAAAUAAGGAAAUCCUCAGCUAACAUCAUCAUUAUCUUUUCCUCUGAUAUAGAUUUGAGUGCAUUAAUGGAUGCAAUAGCAGAAACAAACAUCACAGGCAAAACCUACAUAUCUAGCGAGGCCUGGACAACAUCAGCAUUGAUAGCAAAGCCGAGUAAUUAUAAAUUUCUUUGGGGAACGGUUGGUUUUGCGGUUAGGAAAGCUUUAAUACCAUCUUUUGAAAAUUUCCUCCACGAGCUACACCCAGAAAACAGUACAGAUGACCUAGUGUACGAAUUCUGGGAGGAAGCUUUCAAUUGUACCUGGAGAACAAAUAAAGCAGCAUUUUAUACCAACAUAAGCUCCGAAGCCAACGCAGCUGGAAGGAGAAGAAACAUUUCACCGCAGCUGUGCACUGGAAAGGAGAAUCUUAGAUCUAUACAGAAUACGUACACAGAUGUAUCUGAGUUACGGCUAACAUACAGUGUUUACAAGUCUGUGUAUACAAUUGCCAAUGCUUUGCAUGAUUUAGAUAUUUGUGUAAAUGGUCAUGGACCUUUUCCAAAUAAUGAAUGUGCAGACGUACUUAACUUUGAGCCAUGGCAAGUAAGUGUGUUUUACGUUACUUUACUUUAUACUCUAUGAAUGUGUAUAUAUAUAUCACAGAGAUGGUGAUCACUUUCGAUUCAGCAUGUUAGAAUACCAUCUAAUGUAUAUAUAUUGAUACCUUAGAGAGGGUUCAGAGAAGGGCUACUAAACCGAUUCAAGGAUUGCAGGAUAAAACUUACCAGGAAAGGUUAAAGGAUCUUAACAUGUAUAGCUUAGAGGAAAGACGAGACAGGGGGGAUAUAAUAGAAACAUUUAAAUAUAUAAAGGGAAUCAACACAGUAAAGGAGGAGACUAUAUUUAAAAGAAGAAAAACUACCACAACAAGAGGACAUAGUCUUAAAUUAGAGGGACAAAGGUUUAAAAAUAAUAUCAGGAAGUAUUACUUUACUGAGAGGGUAGUGGAUGCAUGGAAUAGCCUUCCAGCUGAAGUGGUAGAGGUUAACAGAGUAAAGGAGUUUAAGCAUGCAUGGGAUAGACAUAAGGCUAUCCUAACUAUAAGAUAAGACUAGGGACUAAAGAAAGUAUUUAGAAAAUUGGGCAGACUAGAUGGGCCGAAAGGUUCUUAUAUGCCGUCACAUUCUAUAAUGUUAUGUGCCAUCUGUGGUCAAAACAUAUACAAAGUAUUAUUUAUUGGGAACACCUAUUUAAUGUACAUUAUGUACCAAAACAGCCUUCAAUUAUCUGUUAGAUUAAAUUUAACAAAUAGAGUAAAUCUAGAAAGGGACCUUAUUCAUAGUUUGCUUGAAUGUGGAAGUGUUAUAAUAAAUUAAAUAAAAAAUUAAUGCAAGCACAACAGUGUGUGUAAGGCACAUAAAUCAAUAUCCAGUGCAAAAAAAAAAAAAAACAUUUAAAUUGUCAGCUGCAUGCACUAUCACUAUCACAAUGAAAUAAGUGAUGUUCUACGAGCUGUGACCUACAAAGUAUAACAUAAGAUAUAUAUUUAUUUCUUACUCUUGUACAAUGCAUUAAAACUUAUGAUACAAAAUCAAUAUAGCAGAGUGCAGAUUACGCCACAGGUUGUAAAUACAACCUUUGUCAGUGCAAAUCCUUUGUGGUUAAACUCACAUAUAUCAGAGUCUUAGGAUUAAAUGCAUUUGUAGGAGAGGGAUAUUUCACCCUUACUGCACUAUCAAAGGCUUAACUCUCAGAUAAUGAGAAAAAAAUAUAAGGAUUCAAUAAGGCUAUAACGUUUAACAAUUUUAUUCAUUUACAAUAAAUAAAAAUCCUUGCUUAAAACAUAUGUAAACUCCUAAUUUAAAACAAUCCACAAAAGACAUUCAGAAUUUGGCGGAUCCAGCUCCUUUCCAAAGCGAUGGUUAUAGUAUACACAUAUUUAAAUAUUAACAUAAUGCACAGUGCAUACAUUAAAAUACGUGUAUAUAUGUGUAUAUCCAUAAUACUAAGUACAGAUUAAGAAACAGCGCAUACAUUCACGCAAAAUUACAGUUUUUGAUUUUAGUUUUUAUGUAAAACACCAAUCUUAACAAACAAAUAAGGGGAUUCAGUUACACCACAUGUCUACAUUGUUUUAAGCCCAGCACUACCUAACACAAUAUGCCAUAUAUUUUUGUUAACAUAGGUAAUUUCAUUACAUAAAAAUAUACAAUCUACAAUAAAAACAUGAAAGCGAACCACAUAUUGUGUAAUAAAGUUAAACACCAUAAAAGGGAUUGGGGAUAUAUUGCACUCACAAACUAAAAAUUGUCUACUGUCAAUUUUACCUUUUUAUGCUUUUUAUUUUUUUCAUGCUUUGUUAUUUCCAUUAGUGGUGCUCACUUUGGGUCAUAGUUUCUAAUAGGUGAUUUUAAGAAGCCUUGUAAAAUUUUAAACUGUAAUUAACUCAUUAAUCAAACAAUUUUUUUGUGUGUGCGCACGAUGUUCCUUAAUCUGCAUUUUGUAUAUAUUUCGGUCUUUAUGGUAGCAUCACUACUAAGAACUAAGUAACUAAGUACUGGUAGCUGUUCAUCUCCCAUGUUAAAAUUAGUAUAGGACGCCCUGAUAUUGGGGUACUGUGACAUAGUGGUGGGCUUAACUUGAUAUGGCCAUAUGGUAAUAUGUUAGAACUGAAUCCCCAUAUUUGUUUGCUAAGAUUGGUGAUUUUAAGUAGCCUUGUUAAAUUUAAAACUGUCAUUUUUUGUGUGUGAUAUGCUCCUUAGUUUGUAUUUUGUAUAUAUUUUGGGCUUUACGCCAAAACCACUACUAAUAAAUGCAUGCUCCGAAUGUGCUACCCCAAUUCCCUUUUUUCUAUAUCUAUAAUACUCUCAGUAAUUGCAUAAUUUUAAGAAAAUAUAUUGUUUUUUUAAAUCAAACUUUGCCCUUCUCAAUGCAACAACACACAAUUUUUUUCUUUGACACACACUCUGGACACACAAUCAUUGACCCACACAUCAUACAUUCUGACACACACACUCUGACACACACUAACACACACUCUCUGACCCAUAUAGAUACUCCUUACUCACACACACGCAGAAUAAAUGGCACACACUCAUCCCUUUUCAUUCAAAUAAGAUAUUCGCUUACCCACAUACAAGAUAGUCCCAUAGAAUAUUUUACUUACCAGCAGCCUUGAUGGGCCAGCACCGGGUCUGCAGCUUGUCCUUUUACUUCUUCUUUAUUCAAGCAUGACUGCGUCCGCUGAGAUAUAAUGACUGCAUAUUAAUAUAAAAUGGAACAGGUUUGAGGUGAUGAAUACUAGUUUUUUUUAUUAUUUAUAACAUGCUUUUAAUAUUUACAAUUCUCAUUAACAUAUUGUUCUUUAUCUGUGUUUUUCUACAGUUGAUGUACUACUUGAAAAACACAAAAUUCUCUGUCUUCUCUAAUGAAUCUCUAAAGUUUGAUGAGUUCGGUGAUGUAGAUGGCUAUUAUGAUAUUUUAAACUGGCAGUGGGCUUCCAAUGAGUCCUUAGUAUUUUCAAAAAUUGGACGUUAUACUGCCACUGGUAGCGGAGCAACCUUUGAACUCAGGAUAGACAAUAGUUCAAUAAUCUGGAAUACCCCAACUGGACUGGUAACAAAAUAGUUCAUUGUAUCCCCUAAAUUACCAAAAGCAUGCUAGACAUGAUCCUUAAGGAGUUAAUAGUAUACUUUUAUUUAAAUUUUAUUUUUCAAUCAUUGCAAUCAGGCGUCAUUAAAUUAUUGGAAGCGUUUUGAUAACUUGAAUAGUUUUCCUUCUUACAGAUCACACAAAACAAGAACAUUCUUACAAUGUUACAAACGGGAAGAAAUAAACAUAAUUAUAAUGUAGAAAGAAUAAAUAAUUUUCUCUAGCUACUCUUAAUUCAGAAAAUUAUUAUCUUUGUUCCUUUUUAAUCAUCACCAAUAUUAUUCUUUUUUUUUUUUUUUAUAGAUUCUUCAGUACAUAAAGAAGGCUCUAACACAAUCAUGGUUUUUCUUUAAAGUGAGAAUUCAAAAUAAAAGUAAAUGGGAAGUUUUAUAAUUUGGCUAUUUUUAUUCUUUGAAAACACUUUGAAUUUCCAACAAUUCUCACUUUAGUGAAUAACCCUGUAUAAAUGCAUUCUUUAAACAAUGAAAGUUCAAACUCACAGGGUUCUUUACUGACAGGGUUAUUCACUGACAGGGUUAUUCACUCGCAGGGUUAUUCACUGACAGGAUUAUUCACCAACAGGAUUAUUCACUGACAGGGUUAUUCACUGACAGGGUUAUUCACUCGCAGGGUUAUUCACUGACAGGGUUAUUCACUGAUAGGGUUAUUCACUCGCAGGGUUAUUCACUCGCAGGGUUAUUCACUGACAGGGUUAUUCACUCGCAGGGUUAUUCACUCGCAGGGUUAUUCACUGACAGGGUUAUUCACUCGCAGGGUUAUUCACUAACAGGGUUAUUCACUGACAGGGUUAUUCACUCGCAGGGUUAUUCACUGACAGGAUUAUUCACCAACAGGAUUAUUCACUGACAGGGUUAUUCACUGAGAGGAUUAUUCACUCGCAGGGUUAUUCACUGACAGGAUUAUUCACCAACAGGAUUAUUCACUGACAGGGUUAUUCACUAACAGGGUUAUUCACUCGCAGGGUUAUUUACUGACAGGUUAUUCACUCGCAGGGUUAUUCACUGACAGGAUUAUUCACCAACAGGAUUAUUCACCAACAGGAUUAUUCACUGACAGGGUUAUUCACUGACAGGGUUAUUCACUCGCAGGGUUAUUUACUGACAGGUUAUUCACUUGCAGGGUUAUUCACUGACAGGAUUAUUCACCAACAGGAUUAUUCACCAACAGGAUUAUUCACUGACAGGGUUAUUCACUGACAGGGUUAUUCACUCGCAGGGUUAUUUACUGACAGGUUAUUCACUCGCAGGGUUAUUUACUGACAGGUUAUUCACUUGCAGGGUUAUUCACUGACAGGAUUAUUCACCAACAGGAUUAUUCACCAACAGGAUUAUUCACUGACAGGGUUAUUCACUGACAGGGUUAUUUACUGAGAGGGUUAUUCACUCACAGGUUAUUCACUAUUAGGGUUAUUCGCUGACAAGGUUAUUCACUGACAGGAUUAUUCACUGACAGGUUUAUUCACUGGCAGGGUUAUUCACUGCCAGGAUUAUUCACCCUCAGGGUUAUACACUGACAGGGUUAUUCCCUCGCAGGGUUAUUCACUAACAGGGUUAUUCACUGACAGGAUUAUUCACUCGCAGGGUUAUUCACAGGCAGGGUUAUUCCCUCACAGGUUUAUUCACUGACAGGAUUAUUCACUGGUAGGGUUAUUCACUGACAGGGUUAUUCACUAACAGGGUUAUUCACUGACAGGGUUAUUCACUCGCAGGGUUAUUCCUUCACAGGUUUAUUCACUGACAGGAUUAUUCACUGGUAGGGUUAUUCACUGACAGGGUUAUUCACUCGCAGGGUUAUUCACAGGCAGGGUUAUUCCCUCACAGGUUUAUUCACUGACAGGAUUAUUCACUGGUAGGGUUAUUCACUGACAGGGUUAUUCACUGACAGGGUUAUUCAGUAAAGAAAGAACUCAAAGUAAAUCUAAAAUUUAAGGCCAGAGUAGCCAAACUGGAAGUAUAGCUGAGUUGGAGAAUUUUUCCAGUGGAGCUACUCUGGCCUUAAAUUUGAAAUUCACUUUUAAUUUUUACUUUAGGGAAUCAUCUUGUAAAGUGUGACUUGUCUGGAGUUCAAAGCAAAUUCAAAAAAUGUAUACCACAAUGGCAAAUUUGGAAAUUUAUUUUGAAUUCACACUUUGGUGAAUAUUCCCAUCUGUAAAGAAUGCAACGUGAUUAGAACAAAAUCAGAGUUUACUAACAAAAUGCUUUUUUUGUGUGCUAUCUUUAGCCUCCUCGUUCUGUGUGCAGUGAAAGUUGUAUUCCUGGGACAAGAAAAGGCAUUAGGCAAGGGGAGCCGGUUUGUUGCUUUGACUGUAUCGCAUGUGCAGAUGGUGAAAUAACCAACGAGACAGGUAUCAUAGUGAUUAUGCCCUUACCUCUAUUUUCCUGAUAAAUAUAUUUUCAAUUUUUUUGUCAAUCUUUGUUUUAUUGAGUUAAAUAUAAUAACAUUACAAGAAUUCAAGAUACAAUAGACAGGAGUAGCUUGGUAGAUUAGCAAUACCUAAUUGUUUGUAUUAUUAACAGGCUAUAACAGUAGGAUAUACAGCAGAUAAUCCACAGAAGCCCAACACAUCCUAUCAUUUCUGCAGCCUAGAUUUUACUAAUUAAAUCAUGUGAGGAUAAGGCAAAUUAGGGUAGCCAAAGUAGUUAUUUAACGGAGCAAUAGAUAACAGCUUAAGAGGGUUAGGUGCAGGGCCGGCCCGUCCAUAGCCCGCAGUGGAGCCACGGCUCCAGGCAGCACUCUGACAGGGGCGGCAUUUUGUAAGUUAGGCGGCCGCCUAAGGUCUCGCGGCCACCUAACUCACCAUAGGGCAGGCAGACUGUGUCAGGUCCUCUGUCUUUCACUGAGGACGCAACACCAGGAAGGGGCCCGGCAUGGGCACCAGGAAGGAAUGCUGCCGGGUGCGAGACCCCUCCAGUCUGCCCUGAGAGGCAGAGAGCCAGCACAGUCUGCAGCUCCGCCUGGUGUGAGCUGCAGACUGUGCAGUGUCUCACGAUCUCUGGCCAAUCAGAUUGUUGCCGCAGGUUACCACGGCAAUGCUCUGACUUCUGGAUAUUGCUAGACACUGCACAGUCUGCAGCUCACACCCGGCUUUCAGCCUCUUAUGGCAGAUUGGAGAGACAGCCCUCCGGACCACCAGGGAUCAAAGACACAAAAAUAAAGGUAUUUUUUUUUCAAUUAAAAUCCCCUCCCUCAUUGUCACCCCACCCCACUGUGUCACCCCCUCCCUCUCUCAGUCACUCUGCCACCCCCUCCCUUACUGUGUCACCCCCUCCCUUACUGUGUCACCCCCUCCCUCAGUCACUCCAACACCUGUCACCCCCUCCCUUCCUCAGUCACUCUGCCAUAUCCUCCCUUACUCUGUCACCCCUCCCUCCCUUCCUCAGUCCUUUUUGCUUGGUGUAGUUUUGUUGGAGAUAGGUGUAGAGGGGGCAGCAUUUCAUCCUUUGAUCCAGGCAGCACAAUGCCUUGUACCAGCCCUGGUUAGGUGGCACCCCAACACCACAGCGAGACACUCCUGGGGUUAAUACAAGGAAUACAUGCUGUUCUCACACUAUUACUAAUACGAGCCUAGAGCCCUCGUGUGAGACCUUGAGAGUGCAUCAACUGAUUAAAUAACCACCAGAUGGUGUCAGCCAUAUGUUACAUUAGUAUUUAAAACAUAUCAAAAGAGUAGAAAACUAGGGUAGUAGUGUAGGGAUCAGGUGUAACUAUAAAACAGUGCACAUCAGAACAGAGAGCAUAUCACUGGUAAAGAAUAACUAUCACUGCAGUGAAGCACUCUUGGUUAUAAACAUGGACACAGUUCACAGCCCAUGGUGUUAGCCAGUUCCCUCAUUGGGUAGAGUGUUGGCAAGUGCUUGGAGGUACCGGAGAGUGAAGGUGAGCCAAUGGUUAAGGAGAGGCCCCUCCACAGCCCCAGGCCUUAUGUAGGGUAGGCAUCUGUGUACCACAGACUCGGGAGCUCUGUGAGGCCCGGUCUCUCAUUAUGGCUGCUGCGGAAGGUCCUAGUCUUCUGGCGGUGUCGACAAUGCUUCAGAGGUAACUUCUAUGUGACCCUAGGCCCAGAUAGGCAUUUAGCAUGUGCAGAGGGUGCGAAGGUGUACGCUUUGCCAGAGACAGGCCUGCUCCGCUCAGAUCUCCAGCUCUCUUCACCUUCCCUCCAUGGGUUCAAGGAAGCCGAGUAAGGUGUUGCUCUAGCACGUCCCAGAAGUGUUGGAAGAUCAGGUCCAGUUCUGUGGGUGAGGACUGCGUGGGUGCAGACAUCAAUGGUCGGGUUGCGUCCGCCAUAAUGCUAGGUCCGGUAUGUUCGAGCCUGAGCUAUAGUGGGUAGCAGGAUUCGAAAGUGAUGCAUGUGUUUUGGGUUGGUGGGGACCUGGAUAAACCCCGCUGGCUCAUGGGGGGGAACAGGGGCUUUGCGUUACAGGUAAGUGAAACAGCGGGAGAGCGGCGUCUCCCCCUGCGCCGACCAUGCUUGUAGGCGUGAUGUCUGAGCUGUCGGAGCUGGUGUGAAGGUCCACUUGUGUGAUAUCAUCAUGUAGGUCUACGAUUGCCUGACAGACCAAAUAAAUCGGGUCACAGCCUCUGCUCGGCUCAAAUUAGCAUUAGUUGCGGUAAGAUGUAAGAGCUGCUGUGACAUGUGUCUGCUUCGCUCUGCAGUCAGGCCCCGCCUCCCUAAAAAAUGUAAUUCAUUAAAAUUAAAUUUCAGGGUUAUUAACUAAAGGGGAAAUUGUUGGGAAUUCAAAGUGAAUUCAAAAUUUAAUGGGACACUAAAUUAUAUAGUCAUCAGUUCAUGACAUGGAGCUGUAACCUAGUUGGAUUAUGCAGCAGGACAAUAAUUCAAAAUACAAGAAUACAGCCAGUAUAGAAUGGCUCAAAAGAAACAAAAUCAAAGUCCUUAAUUUAACCCACUGAGAUGCUGUGGCAUGAUCCUAAACAGGAAGUUAAUGCUCAGAAACCUCCAAUGUUGCCAAAUUACAGCAAGUUUGCAAAGAAGAAUGGGCAAAAACUCUUCCAAAACAAUGGAAAAGACUAACCUCCAAUUAUCGAAAGCCCUUUGUUGUAAUUCUUGCUGCUAAAGGUUCAUGGUGCAGUUAUAUUUUCACACAGGGACAAUUGAUGUUGGAAUCCCUUUUAACUAAAUACAAUUAUAAAUUGAAAACAAAUGUAUUUUGUAUGAAACCAUUCAGGGUAAUAAAUAUGAAAAAUAGAGUAAAUCAGUAAUGGGCAAAUAUUUGUUUUUCACUUUCUGUCAUUUGCUUUCUGGUGAGAUUUUUUUUUCUACCUGAUAUUUAGUUUGUUAAAAUCUUAUGAACAGAAGAUUGGCUUCAUGGCAAGUUCGCACAUGCCAUUUAAUGUCUUGAGGGAAUCCAUGUACAAAUAUUUGUGCCUAUUGAAAUAUAUGAGAAAAUGUUUACAGAUUUGAGAUUACAAUGCUUUAGAUUAUUUUUCAACCACUCCAUAAACAACAGACACGUUAAACACUAAAGGAUUUCUUGCUCAUUUUGCCAAUAUGUGUCAUAUUUAUUAUACAGAGGUCAGAGAUGAAAUGCUUAGCUUUCCACUAUAGCCUAUUUAAAUGGAUGGACUACAGCCCCAGAUGGAAUUUUUUCCCCAAGUAAGUGAAUUAUUCACAUAAGCGUAGACAUUAGACUGUGAGAGUAGGACCUGCCAAAGAUGGGGUACAUUGAUGUUGUUGUAAGUUUAUGCAAUGUAUGAUCAUAUAAUGUAACUAAAUCUCCAAUUUUUUUUUGCAUAGAUUAGGUGUUUUUAAAAAAAAAAAAACUUUAGAAAAAAACUUUAAAAAAAAACUAAUAAAAUCUGUCUACCUUGAAGUUGCUGUUUAGUAGAUAGGAGAGUGCGCUGGAUCUUGUGUAUUGUUUAUUGAAUAAUUUGGCCCCCAGCAGCACCCCAUUUAAGCAUGUUCAGGUGAGUGCAACCACCCCCCCAUGUUUCAUAUAUAUGUAUAUUUGGGAGUCUAGCCAACUCCUUGGUUUUGCACCCAUCCCUGUUACAGGUUCCUCAUCUCAGGUCCCUACUUAGCCUUGUACUGCAGAGAGCCUCAGAUGGAUUUUUUUCCCCAAGUAAGUGAGUUAUUCACAUAAGAGUAGACAUUUGCCUAGGGCUUGGGCCUGGAGCUGCAACUGGAUCAGUCCCUAUGUUAAUCCGGCCCUGGGAGGGGGUGGAGGAUUGUCCUUACCUGUCUCUAAUUCUAAAUGAACAUUUUUGUUAAUGAUACAUUUCUCACUAGAUUCCAUAUUAUUUUUGCAGAUGCAAGAGAAUGCAUUGCCUGUCCAUCGGACUUCUGGUCAAAUUCCCACAAGAAUGAAUGUGUAUUGAAGGAAGUGGAAUUUCUUGCCACUGAUGAGGCAUUGGGGAUCACAUUAGUAUUCUUGGCUGUAUUUGGAGCAUCCCUCGUCAUUGCCUUUACAGUUAUCUAUGUGAUGUACAGAGAAACCGCUUUAGUCAAGGCAAACGAUCGUUCCUUAAGCUUUGUCAUCCAGAUAUCCCUGGUUUGCACUUUUAUGACAUCCAUUCUGUUUGUUGGCAAACCAGAAGAAUGGUCCUGUAUGGCACGCCAAACUACUCUUGCCUUGGGAUUUUCCCUCUGCUUGUCCUGUAUUCUCGGAAAAACUAUUGUUUUGAUGCUAGCUAAAAGGGCAGCAAAAUCUAAAGUUGCUGAUAAAACUAAACAAAUAACUAUGAAACCUCUCUAUCAAAAAAUAGUUGCUGUUAUUGGAUUGACUAUUGAAGUUGGAAUAUGCAUAGCCUAUUUAAUUAUAUACCCCCCUUGGGUCUAUAAAAAUAUGGAAUCCCAAAAUGUCAAAAUUAUUCUGGAGUGUAAUGAAGGCUCAAUUGAAUUUCUGUGUUCCAUGUUCGGGUUUGAUGUUUUCCUUGCUAUAUUAUGUUUUAUAACUGCUUUUGUAGCCCGUAAACUUCCAGAUAACUUCAAUGAGGCCAAAUUUAUAACUUUUGGAAUGUUGGUCUUCUUCAUUGUUUGGAUAUCUUUUGUCCCAGCAUACCUAAGCACAAGAGGGAAAUUUAAAGUAGCCGUUGAAAUCUUUGCUAUUUUAGCAUCAAGUUUUGGGUUACUUGGUUGCAUUUUUGUCCCAAAGGGAUAUAUCAUUUUACUGAAACCGGAAAGAAACACAGAAGAGAUUGUUGGAGGCAGGCAGGCUACUAAUGAUAAAAGUGCACCAGCGACGUCAGCCUCCAUUACCAGUGAGAUUAACAAUACAACAAUAUCCACUGUUGUGCUUGAUGAUUAAAUACAACGUAUAUUCACUUUCUUUUAACCACAACCCUUUUCUCGUACUGCUGCGGCACAAAUAUUGCAUGUUAAUCUUUACUGUUCAUAAAAUGUUGCACAGGUUUGGCAUUGGUAUAGUAUUUUGUGUGUAUAAUUCAAUUUCUGAGGAGAAAGUGCAAUAGUUUUAUUUUAAUAAACGAUAAAAAAAACAAACAAAAUAUUCAUUCAGAAUUGUAACCAGACAAGAUGGCAUGUUACUAUACCUAAUUUUUUUUUACAGUUAGAAAACACAAACACUUAUUUAUCUUGAUGUAGAUUUUAAAAAAAAUUAUAUAUUUUUAAGACAAAUGUUUAUAGUUGAACAGCUAAUCAUCUCUCAGCCUCUGGUCUCAUUAAUAUUGAAUUAUUGGGGGGAAAAAACAUGUAUUUCAUAUAUUUACAUUUACUUGCCUCUUUAUUGAACUAGAAAGUUUAAAUAUAUGCUUCAAUGUUGUGAUGAGCAAUUCCCACCUAAAUGUCCUACAUAUUUGAGUAUGUGCGAACUUCAGAGAUAAAGAGCUUACAUUUUUAUGGUCUCUACGAUGCAGCUAUGGCAUGUUCUGCAUAUUUUGCAUUUGCAGCUAAUUUGUUAACGGAGCAUGGUAGAGUUGAUUAUUGCUGCUCAGUGACCGAUUAUCAUUAAGCAACAUAAUCCUUCUCCUCUGCUGGUCACUAACACUCAUUGAACACUAAAAAGCAUUGUUGUAAAAUUGAUGGAUGUAUUUCUGUAUAUAACUGCUCACAUCCUGUUAAAUAACUGUUUCAUCUAACGAAAUGACCUAAGUAUGUAUUUAUAUGUUGUCCACCAGCAGUUGUGAUAUACAUUUAUGAGAUGAAAAUAUUUGUUGCUACUCUAUUUUAUGCAGCAUCCGACAUAUCAUGUAGCAAUAUACUAAAGGAAAGGAAACAUACAGAAGAUAUGUCGGAUGGCAAACAUUUAGAAAACAAUCAAACUCAACAAGGCUAACUCAAGUGAUACCAUUAUAAUAGAAUAGGGAUCACAAGAUAAAUAUAACUAAU